AUGGCCUUCAACCAACGCUUUGACCGUGGGGCUCAGCCCUCUUAUGCAGCCGUGCAACUUCCCCCCGGGUGGCAAAUGGCUUAUUCGGUAGAGGGCGAAGUUUAUUACAUUGACCACAACACCCGCACAACACAUUGGAAAAUUCCUCAAGAGGUGCUUAAUGAGAUGUACCAUCAGGGUCAAACUUACCGCCCUUCACGCAGCCGCCGCGGCAUCGACCGCUCCAAAAUGAAGACGAAGAUGUGCAUGAACAUUCAAAACGGCGGUAAAUGUACGUGGGGUAACGCGUGUGCCUUUGCUCACAGUUCGGAGGAACUUGCGGCAGUACCCCACAAUGGCGGUGGCCAGCGCAUGAGGAUGGAUCCUGGUGCACAUCAAGGCAAUGAUAAUGGGUUAGAUAAUAACCAUCUGCAGCAGUAG